AUGGCCGCCGGCGCCUUCUUGGAACUCCUGGAGUGGCUUCGAGAGGUGCUCCUGCAGGACGCUGUCUUCCUUCGCGAGUCCUACCCCGACCAUCCUAUCUUUCAGGAUCCGGUCUUCUCUUGCCCCGAGUUUGAAGCGUUCGCCAGCAAAGUUCAAGACACAUGCACACGGGACCACGAAGACAGCCAUACCACGGUCGCAGCCGAGCAGUUAGCUGAGCGAAGACAUCUAGACCUUUUGGGGGCUUCUUACGAACUAUGCACAAAGUUGGAUGAGUUUGCGCAGGCCACCUACACCGUCACCUUCAGCCCCGGCCAAGGUGCUGCAGGUCAACAUGCGGAGAUCGCGGGAGCUCAUCAACAGAGGCGCCGCGCUCCACGAGAGACGGAGCUGCUGCGUCUCUGGCGGCAGGGCUGGGGCGAAAUGCCUUCUGUGGAUUCUCUUGAGCGAGACUGGGGUGCUCGAUGGCGGCCAUCUGCAGAGAAGAAUUACUUUUCCACGCGCAAGAUCAUCGUCGAUGAGGUUCGGAGGCGGGCCCAGUCGGACGGCUUAACUGAAGAUAUCGUGGCGAGGCAAAUGGACGAAGAACGUGGACCCAGCUCUUUGGAUAAGUUGUUCAAGGCCAUCCGAAAGGACAGGCAAGGCGAAAAAGGGACACAAACGCCGGAAAUAGAUAUCCGGGACCAUAUAUCCGCCUCUCCCUCUCCCACCUCCUCCUUCUCGGAGCGUGCGGAGUCGUUCGUCGACGCCGUGCUAGCCGCGGCCGACGACGACUCCGCCGCUGCCGCCGCUCUUGCCCGCGCCGCUGCCACCGCUCCUACCGCCGCCGCCGCCGCCUCUGCUACGCUAUUCGCUCUUACGUCGCCCCUUAGGGUAACGACGCCGUCCCCGCCGCCACCCGUGACGCCCGGCCCCUCGGCCCCCGCCUCCGUCUCCGCCACCCACCAUAAGCGCUAA